AACGUAUCUAAUUUUGUUUAUCGCGUCCCUCUGAAAUGAAAAUCAAAAUUUAACCCACCUCAACAACACUACUUAUAAUUCCUGUUGCGUCUUAUUCCGUAUAUCCUUGGUGUCUAUGAAUAACACUAAAACCAGCUUUUAAAUGAUCGGCUGUACAUAAAAUUCCAAUCUAUGGAAAAAGACAUUGCACCAAAAGCUUGGGUAUACACCAAUAUAUCGAUCCACAAUUAUUAAUGAAAACAUAUUGGGGAAAAAAAAGGAAAGAGAACUAAUACAAUGGAUUUGAACAUUGGCACAAGAACGAAAACUCUGACGGGUGUUGGAUUUAGUUGAUCUUGAAAGGAUUUGAACUCAGAAGAUGUAGCUGAAAGAUGGAGGCUGAGGUGAGAAAAGUCAGCACCAGGCAUUUGACAGAAGAACAGAAUGGCUGUAGCCCUGAUUUCCUUUCAUUUCCAGAACUUUCUUCUGAGAAGAUUGGUGGGAAAAUCCAAUAUGCAACCAGUGAAAUUGCUAACAGCGUGGGAAAUCUCUUAAAGACUGCAAAACCUCAGUGGAAGGAAAGCAGAAUUAGGAAUCUCGACCAGCAACCCAUGGAUGGUUGGCAAGCAUUUGAUAUCGGAGAGCCAAAUUGGUGCAUUGUACAGUUAGGUGUUCCUGGAAUAUUGCAUGGUGUUGAAGUAGACACAUCCUAUUUCAUUGCAAACCAUGCCCGUCGAAUCUCUUUUGAAGGGGCUGCUCUGGAAUCUGGUCAGAUCUCACCAAAUACGAAAUGGGAAGAAUUAGUACCAUCAAGCCCAUUAGAACCAGGUUACCUUGCCUGUUGUCACAAUUUCUUUGCAAUCUCCCACAAAAAGCCGUGGACACAUGUACGCCUUAAUGUGUUUUCUGGUUGUGGUAUAGCACGUCUUCGCAUUUAUGGUGAACCUUGGCCUGAUUUAUCUCAUGUGUUAUGUGAUCAGCUACUUGACUUACUAUCUCUAAUGAAUGGCAGUAUGUGCCUGGCUGCAAGUUGUCCUACAAUGAAACAACUGGCUCUAACCAUCCACUUGCCCUCUGCCACUGACAGUCAAUUGAGCACUAACCAGAGGUUUUCAAGGGAGAAUGACCAGUUACCAAUUUGUGAAUCUCAGAACAUCUUCAAGGCAGGAAAUUGGCAAGAGGUUUGGGCCAUAUACAGGUUGGCCUGCCCAGGUAAUAUAUCAAAAGUUGAACUGAAAACAGGGAAGUUUCAUGGCAAAUUCCUUGCAUUCCUUACAAUUGAUGCUUGUUCUAUGUCAGCAGAACAAGAGAAAAUGGUAGAGAAAUCGUUCAAGAGCGAAACAACAAAGUGCAGUGAUCAGGUCCCAUGGUUCGUCUUGGUCUCAUCAACAGGUCUCCUCCCUUGCUCAACGCAUACCAUUCAAAUUGCUUCCCAUAUUGUCAGAUCUCAUAUCCGUCUUCGUCUGACUUUGUUGCUCCCAUCGCCGUCCCCAGUGGAGCAUCGCCUGGAAUCCUCCAUGGAUUCAUUGCUAGAACAUGUCCACAUCUGGGGUCACAAGUCAACACAACACUUGUGCCGUCUUUAAAAACAGUUCUCUCUUGUCUUCCUCCUAAUUUUCUCUGCUUUCUCUUCCAUUUUCAUCCCUCCUACCUUUGCAAAUUUUUUGUUAUUUUUUAAAAACUUUUUUUUAUAUAUUUUAUUUUUGCUUAAAUUAUUAUGGUGCAAGACCCAUAAUUCCAUGAUACUACAGACAACUUCAUCCUUGCUGCUUACCAUCUGAUACCGAAAUUUAAUUUUUAUAGUCAGUCACUGUGGAAAUCCUUCAUCAGUGAAUGAUAUAUAUUUAUUGAAGGGCUUAAACCCCUCAACUCCCUUUGUUAAAUUGGGUUUUUACAACCAAAUUCAUUUCAUAGUAAAACAGCAUAUGCUUAUGUACACAUACUGGAUUAUUUCCUAUGCUGUGUAGUGCAUUGUAAAAUCAACGAGGUAAAAACAAGCUCCAUAGCUCUACUGAGUAUGUUUAUAUAGACACCAUGGAAUAUUUCAUAAGCUGUGUGAUGUAGCAUAAAACAAUUUCCACAACAAGGAAUACGUUUACACACAGUGAUCUCAGUUUUUUAUUUAAUAUAAUCCUCAUG